AUGGAACGCCUCUACUACGACUCCUUCGGUGCACGCCCACGAGACUCGCGACGUAACGAAGUAAGAGAUGAACAGCCUCGUCUGAAGGCCAGUGCGGCGGGGUAUGACCGUUCCGCCCGCCAGUAUGACGACCGAUAUGACUCGCGCUACCACAACCCUCCUUCACCAACAGCCGAAAGAAGAAGGCGGCCUCAACGAUCGCCAUUACGAAAGCGCAGGUCAUGGCCUCCACAACCAUUUGCCGAAGACGAAGUGACAUCUCUGCGUCGGGAGUCCAACGCAAAACAGCUCUUGAGGGAGGCGCGCAAGCAUGAAGCGCCGUCGCGUGGGUCCGUGGACCAAGAUCCUCUGAUCCAAGAAGUACCGGAGUUCAUCAACCAGCACGAACGGCGCUUCGUGUUUGCAGAUUCCGGGCCCAAGGUCAACAGCACAGGCAUUCUCACGCCUCCAACUAGCGAGGAUGGAAGAGCACGAAAGGCCCGACGACGUCCGUCGAAGCUUAGCAUCAACAGUGACAAUCGAGUGCCAGAGAUGGACAAGCGCACGUCAUCGCCCUAUGCAUAUACCAAGCCUACCAAGCUGUCUCACAACACGUCACGCAGCAGCCGUUACAGCUCACUCGACGCUCCAUCUCCCAAAUCUGCAGGGUCGUCAGGCACAAAGACCGCACGUUUUACGGACACAACCAGGCCGCCGCCUUCUCCGCGUCGGGACUCUGCUCGAUUGAGUCCAACAUCAAGGAGGGGCAAUGACUACUUCACCGCCAGAAAGGGAGCCGACGAUAAUGAUAACGCUGUUGAUGAUACAGACUUCGACGCUCGGCGACCGCAACCGAGAGGUAAGAUCAUGGAUCAGCCACUAUCACAAAGUCCUCGCACUUCGGUCAUGGAUUUCGCGGGUCAGUCUGGUGCGGCGCCCCCUAUUCGAAAGGUCAAUCUGGAUGCAAGGCGAAACACCGACUCUCAAGGUACCUUGCCGACCCUUGGCCGACUCAAUAUUGAGAGAUCUCGCAGACCAACUCCAUUGAUGGCUUCAACUUCUUUGAGCGGGGCUCAAGACGUCAAUCUUAUGGCAUCAGGUUCUCUGGAUCCAAGGACUGCCGAGCACUACCCUCGAUCAAGGGAAGCGAGCUAUACCUCUUCGCGCGGAGUAUCGCCAGCCAACUCCAACCACUCCGCCUCCCACUCUCCUAGGAUGAGUAGCGAUUUGUCAAGGGAAGGCAGCGCCAUCGGCUCAAAGCCAGGGUCUGCCUCAACGUCCCGUCCACCUUCGCCAUCUCCUCGUACUCCCGCGACAGAGUCCCCUCGUUUGGCGAAAACUGAAAUGGAUUGGAGCGCACUCCUCGCCGCGAAUGCAGCAAGACGAGCUAAGCCACCUUCGCGCUUGGCAGAGACAAUGUCGCAGGAGCCAUCAGCAGAAGCUUCACGCAGGACAACCCCCCAAGAGAGCACUGGACCCAAAGCUACCAGUUUACCAUACCCUGAAGAUUCUUCCUUGAUGGGUGGUAGAAUAUACAUGCCAGAAGAGCAAGAGCAUGCAUAUCUGCCCGGCAAAAAAGCUUCUCUCGCGCCAAAUGCAUACGAUUAUCAAAACUCGACACGAUCGGCUUCACCCGCUCCAAGCAAUUCUUCGCACGUCUCGAGCAGGAGCGCGCAUAGGCCCAACAUCUCUCGCGGAUACUCUGCGGGCAAUGUCUCCUCAAUCGAGCCUCGCAAUGCAGCAGAGAUUCGGCCACGCCUUGCCGAGAUGAAGCGUCAGGAGUCGUUUGCAACCGCCUCGGAGACCAAGAAAGAGCUCCAAGCAUUGAUGAAGAAAGGAUUGCCGCCUUGCACUCGACCGGAACCGAUUGCUGGCCACGACGAUUGGUACACCGUCAUUGGCUCUUCUGACAUUGACUUCUGUCCCGACUGCAUCGAUACGUUGUUUGAGCGCACCGUCUUUCGGUCCCAGUUCCGGCGGUCACUGCCGCGGAAUCUCAACCAGAAAGUGCAAUGUGCAUUUGGAUCCCCUUGGAUACGACUGGCAUGGUUGCUCACCCUCCGGCAACAUCGGACAGAUCUUGGUCUCUUGAAAGAUGUCGCUGAGAUCGAAAGCACUACAGAACCUUGCCCAGGAAGCGUGGAGUCCGUGCAAUCAUGGUAUGGUCUUCGCGAUCCUGAUGGACUUUUCGUGAGAGACUUUCAUAUCUGCUUUGGCGACGUGCGGAAGAUAGAACGGCUGCUCCCAAGCCUUUCAGGGAUAUUCGUCAAGUUGCCACACCGCGCAUCGUGCGAGAAGCGUAUCUGCGCCAUACGCACGGACAGUAAUCGCUUCUCGACUUAUUUGGAUGCUCUCGUCUCCACACACGAGAAAGCCAUUACUUCGCGGAAAGGCGCAGAUCCAAUGCCAUUGAUCGAUUUGAUCGAGCGCAGGACCAGGCUACAGGAGUGCACCCGUGAUAAUAUGCUCAUUGGAAGCUUGUGGCACUUUUCACCAGAGAUCCCCAGCUUGACGAUCUGCGAAGACUGCUUCGAGUCAGUAGUGGAACCUGAGAUCAAGAGAGGGUCAUCCGUGGCUAAAAAAUUCAACCGGACGGUGCAGCCAGUCUAUGGCGAAGAAAUAGGCAGCAGUUGCCAGCUCUACUCUCGUCGCAUGCGGAAAGCUUUCCAACGUGCUGUUGAAGAUAAUGACUUCAAAUACCUUGCGCGAAAGUCCAAGGAACGCCGUGAGGCUGAACUUUGGUUGCAGGAGAAGUAUAAGGAUGUCGUGACGAGAGCGAAGCGCUUGUCACUGGAGGGUGAUGUCUCGGCUGAUGAUGAGAGGAGGUUGAAUAGGGAUUUAGAGAAGAUCUCUACGGAGUGGAAGGACAGGUGGGAAUAG